AUGUGGGUGGUGUAUGAGUUGGGUGUGGUGUCCAGUCCCGCGAAACAGUCCCUAGGCAUUUAUUCACGGGAUGGUUCGGGAAGUCGUGGUUCAUUGCAGUACUCGCGUAAAGUUAAGGACGUGAUCAAUAUCGUUGUCAUCUCCAUUAUAGUAUGUUAUGCUGAAAAAGCAUUUAAGGGCCCACAUCCCUACGACUUGUCGCGCAAUGUGAGCUUUAUUUUGCAGAAUGGACAUGCAGUUCUGUCUUAUCCCAGAGCCUUUAAUCCAAAUGUGGCAGAGGUGGCUUGCAUCUGUAAGGCUGCUAAAAAACUUCCCAGGAACCUCGAGGAAUUCGUCGGUGCAUCCGGAGUCUCGGGAUUCAUUUAUGUUUCCAUGGGAUCUUCGGUAAAGGCUGUCACUCAUGGAGGUUUGCUAAGCAUGUUUGAAACGGUGUUUCACGGGGUGCCCGUCGUCACAAUGCCGGUGUUUUGCGAUCACGAUGUCAAUUCAGCUAAGGCCGAGCUCGAUGGUUAUGCCAUUAAACUAGAUCUUCAGACACUUUCGAUCAAUCAGCUUUACAAGGCUAUUAUGAAAGUGAUUCAUGAUCCGCGCUACAAAAAUGCAGCUCGGUACCGCCAAAAAUUCUUGCUCAACCAGCGCCUAACAGUCCUAAACACAGCGAUUUACUGGACGGAGUAUGUGCUGCAGCACGAUGGAAUGACGUGAGUUUAUGGAGAUUUCUCCAAUGUAACCAUGUUUAUAUAUUUUCUCUGUUCUGCAGUUUAUUUCCAUUUACAAUUUCGAUGAUGACUUGCCUGUUGUUGAAAGUGGAGCGUUGUUAUAAAGCCAAAGGAAUAAAUUUGAAUAUGCCUCUAAUGAUCACGAAGUUGCCUUGAGUGCCGACUUGACUGGUUGAAGAUAAGAUUCGUUAAACUCCGCGGAUUUAAAAUUCGUUCCAUCAUCAGAAACUACCUCUGGGGCACUACAAACUUCGCAAAUAUAUCAUCCAGUAAUGCGCUGGUAGAUGAUGUUGUGAUCGCACAUCCUUUAAAUUUAAUGUUGCUAGUCCGGUGACACUAAUCACAAAGCUAUG